AUGUUCAUAACUUUUGAAGCAAUAGACGGCUCUGGUAAAACAAUACAGUCUGAGUUGCUUGCAAAUUAUUUUAAGCAAAUUCACGAUGAAAAAUAUGGUAUUGACUCGAGA